CCCACGUGUCCUCUCCCACUGACCACCUGUCCCAUGCGGCAGCACCGCCACCGCCUAGCAGAAUGAGAAGCCCCCGUCACUAGAAGGUGGGAGUGGGAGCACCUCGCUAGCUUGGAUCAGUCACGAGCUCAGAAUCACCAGCCGGACAGAGCAAACAGAGAGGAAGCUCUUUCCAGUCUAGCACCGUGAACCAUGCUGCCAACUCGUUUCCCCACCAGCCGAGCCGACGGCGCCGGGCCGGAGCCCCUGCUGCCGGGCGCUUCCCGCGCCGUGCUGUCAGAGUUCGUGGCCACCGCCGUGUUCGUCUUCGCCGCCGAAGGCUCCGUCUACGGCCUCUGGAAGAUGUUCACGGACACGGGGACGCCGGGAGGGUUGCUCGUGGUGGCGGUGGCGCACGCGCUCGCCCUGGCCGCCGCGGUGUCGCUGGCUAUCGACGCGUCGGGCGGGCACGUCAACCCGGCCGUCACGUUCGGCUUGCUCGUCGGCAGGCGCAUCUCGUUCGCGCGCGCCGUGCUCUACUGGGCGGCGCAGCUUCUCGGCGCCGUCCUCGCCGCCGCUCUCCUGAGGCUCGUCUCCGGCGGCGUGCGCCCCAUGGGGUUCACGCUCGGCCACCACAUCCACGAGCGGCACGCCCUCCUGCUCGAGGUCGUCAUGACGUUCGGCCUCAUGUACACCGUCUACGCCACCGCGGUUGACCGGAGCCGCGGAGGCAACGGCAACGUCAGUGCCAUAGCGCCCAUCGCCAUCGGCUUCGUCCUGGGCGCGAACAUCCUCGCCGGCGGCCCGUUCGACGGCGCGGCGAUGAACCCGGCGAGGGCGUUCGGCCCCGCGCUCGUCGGCUGGAGCUGGCGCCACCACUGGGUCUACUGGGUCGGGCCACUGAUCGGGGCCGGGCUGGCCGGCGCGCUGUAUGAGUCUGUCGUGGCUGAGCAACCUGAGCCGGCGGCAGCUGCGGCCACACAGCUGCCCCUCCCAGCUGAGGAUUACUGAGUUUCGUUAUGCAUUUGCUACAAGUAACUACUCUACUAAUUAGCACCUGGAUUGUAUGCAAGUACCGUGCAUUAGGGAAAGGAAAAAAACGCGAAUAAUUUGAGAAUAAGAAACCGAGUCUCCCUUUUCUUAAAGGGAUUUGUGCUCAGUCAA